UCAACUCAAAGGUUUCCAGCCUCACACUCGCCUUACAUUCCCCCACAGUCACACGGAGCUCUGUGAUUCUGAGGAAUACCGUGUGCCAGCUUCCGAUUCACAGUCUCCUUUUACCUGCAGGUGUUCCAGAAACUUCAAAAUGCGUCUGGAAGAAAUGAAAAGAUUGCAGAAUCCUUUAGAACAAGUUAAUGAUGGAAAAUAUUUACUUGAAAACAUUCAACGAGCCUGGCGUGAGUACCUGCAGCGGCAGGACCCUCUUGAGAAGAGAAGCCCGUCCCCGCCCUCUGUGUCCUCAGAGAAGCUGAGCAGCUCUGUCAGCAUGAACACCUUCUCAGACAGCAGCACACCUGAAGAAUUCAAACGGGUCACAAACUCAGGAGUUGAAACUCAGAUGCCUGCAGGGACCAGAAGAUUCAUUCUUACAUCUUUUGGUGGUCACAGCCCCAUGAAAGUGACUCUGCUCUACUUUGAUCAGCCUACCAUACCCGGGUUCAUACAUACUUUGAAGGAGUUCCAAAUAGGCAGACUUGGUCUUACUACUCUCUGA